AUGGCGGGACGCAUGGGAGGACCUCCUCUGCCAGACACAACUUUCCGCAACCUGGAGGAUCUCUGUGCAGAGGGGCGUGUGGGGGCCAUGGAAGAGCCACCUGGGAGUCUGUGGGUGCUGGAUGCCCGAGCCAGGGUCUGGGCCCGUGCCUGCGGGACAAAGCCCCUGCCCCCUGAGAGACAGGGCACUGCCCCGGCCUACUGCAUGGCCUCUCGGAGCCUGCGGGGCAGCCUCUGGGUGAGGGAUGGGGGACCCCAGAGAGUCAGGUACCCAAACGCGCUCCUCACGCCCGUGCACCGGGCACGCGGGCACGGCGAGUGCGGGGAGGCGGCUGACUGCGCUCGGGCCCUGACGAGGGAGCCUAGGGCCCGCCGAGAGGCGGGGGCGGCCGUGCUGCGGGGAUGGGGCGGGCGCCCGGGCCGCGGACGAGACGGAAGGGGCGGGCAGGCGGCCGGUGGUGCGGGCGCCCUCUCUCGGCCGCUCGGGGCAGCGCGCCGCCCUCCGCCGCCGCCGCCGCCGCAUCCCGGCGCCCGCCGCCCCGGCCGGAGCUGGAGGCGUCCCCGGGGGGCGAACUCGCCCCCAGGACCCGCUCCGGAGGUGGAGGCCCGGGCCAGGAGGGCCGGCCAGGGGGCGAGGAUGCCGAGGGGGGUUGCCUGCACCCUGCCGCUCGUCCGGCCCCGCCGAGGCCGCCUCCUGCCCGGCCCCGAGGCCGCGCGUCCGCAGGCACCCAGCUGCCUCCGGACCCGGCUGGCCGGGACGCUGCGGGCCCGGGACGCUGCGGGCCUAGCCCGCUGCGGGCCCAGCGCAUCGGAUGUCCGGGAGAGCGCCGAGGGCCUGGGCCGGAAGAGCCCCCAGAGCCUCCCCCUCGCCCCCAUUUCACGGACGCGGCCACCGAGGCCGGAGAGGGGCCGGAGCCUGUGGGAGCGCGGCGGGGACAAGCUCCCUUCCCCGGGAUCGGAGGCGGCAAACUCCGCGCUCGAGCCUCCGCGCCGCGCCCGCCGGCAGAGCCGGCGGAGCCGCGCGCCGCCCUGGCGCAUUCCCGCCGGCCUCGCUCUCGGCCUCCCGCCGCCCGGGUUCCGGGACUCCCAGGCCGGCCCCCCGCCCCCCAGAUCCAGGCGCAACAAGUCUGAAAGCAGCGCCGAGCAAGAGCGAGCGAGCCGGGAGGAAGGGCGCGCGGGGCUGGGCGCUCCGGGAUCCCGGCACGCGCAACGUUCGCCUCGGGGGACCCGGCGCGGGCGGCGGGCUGUCCGGACUGAUCGCCGGACCUGGCGGCACCCGGGCGUCCGGACGCAGAGUUUCGCGGCCACCUGCGGGGGCGAGGGAGGCUCUCUCCCUCGACCUCCCUCCCUGCCUCGGCGGCGGCGGGGGUCGCGGAGGAAUAGAAGGCUGCAGACUCUAGGAGACGCUAUGGCCGCCGCCUCAGACCCCAAAUACACGCGGGAGCCGCCGCACCCGGCAGCGGUCCACGGGCUCGGAGCCGCAUCCUCUGACAAGCCUUCCCGGCCACCAAGCUUCGCGGCGAUUUUCAGCUCUGCCGUGCCCUCCCGAAGCAGGCCCGAGGCGCGCUGUGCCCUGCCCAGGGGGCCGCGGGGACUAGCGGGAGAGGGCGGCCGGCCGGGCCCAGAGCACCAACCUGCCCGGGAGGGGGCGGGGGCCAGGCUAGUUCCUCGAGGCAGCUGCGCGGCGGCCGACGAAGACCGGCGGCCUCGGCCCGCUGGGAAUGGGGACCGAGGAGUGCCCGGCGCCCGGCCUCGCUGCUUCUCGCGGAGAGGGCGCAGGGAUGACCCAAAGUUCGGAUCCGCUUAUCCGCGCGGCCUGUCCGAGCGUGUGGAAAAGAUCAGAAUGGAACGAGGACACAAGGGGAACGCCUUCCCCAGCCGGCCCUGGCUCUGUGCAUGUGACGGGGAGGGCAGUCUUCCUCAGCCUGGCCUGCCACCCCGGCCAGGCUGCGGGUGUGUGGACUCGGGGGAGCCGAGCAGCGCCGAGGAACCUCUCCCACGUCCAGGUCGCCCCCUCCUCAACCCGCCCGGUGCGGGCGCGCGGAGACCUGCCAGAUUCCGUCGCCGCCGCCGGAGGAGGCAGGGGGCGGGGGCGGGAGGGGGGGUCCGAGCUCGGAGCGCCAACCUCGGAGCUACGAAGCCCCAAACGGCGAAGUUAGGAAGUCCGGGCGUCCGCCCCUCCCCCGACCCCCUCCCACCCUCGCUGCGCCCCCUCUCGCCGCGCCCCCAGUCCCCAGCCCCCCGCCAGAGCCUUCCUUACCUUCCCCGGCAGCAGCGGCCCCGCUGGCGAAGACUUGAUCGGGCGAGUUGCAAAUCCCCAGGAGCGCCCCGCGUCGCCGGCGGCCGAGCCGGGCGCCCGACCGGAGCGGGGGCUCCUCCUGCCGCCGCCACCCCCGGCCCGUUCCAGGCCUAG